AUGGCAAACGUAUCAAAAAUAACACUCCAACUACCAAACGGAAAAAUUACCGUCUUGCAAAAUGACAACAUCCUCAUAGCACGUGGCAUUCCCUACUCGCAAGCCGAGCGUUUCCAACCGCCUCAACCGAUGCCAAAUGGGUCCUCAACCAAGGACUUCACCCAGAGCUGUCCUAUAUGCCCUCAAUUAAAAUCCCGUCUGGACGCACUCAACGGCCCCAUUGCUCAAGGCCGAGCCAUGUCAGAGGACUGUUUUCGCGCCGGCGUCGAAAGCGUCGCUAUCUGUGCCGGUAAUGGUAUUCAUCCACGGAGGAGGGUAUUCCUCCGGCGCAGGCCUCGCGGCGAAAGGUGCUGUGGCGGUGAAUACCACGAAUCGCCUAGGGAUCUUGGGCUACCAACCCAUCGAGGGAAAAGCGCCCGCCAACCUGGGGCUGAUGGAUCAGAUUGCCGCUUUGAAAUGGGUUCAGGGGAGUAUCGGAUCCUUCGGAGGCGACCCGAAGAGAGUCUGUGUAUUUGGGGAGUCAGCCGGCGCGGAUUCUACAUAUUGUCUGAUGGGGGUGAAUGGGACAGAGGGGUUGUUCCAAAGGGCCAUUAUGCAGAGCGCGCCCUUGGCGCGAAUAUGGGACCGGCAGGAGAUUUUGGAUGCUUUGGAGAGACUGGCUUCAGAACUGGUGCCCGAGGAUCCCGACGAUGCCUAUGGGGAGGAAUUGCUGACGAUCCAAGACAAGCUGGCGAUGAAGGGGUUGUCGUUUGCUACGGCUGGCUUGCCGUUCGGCCCGCUGAUGGACCGCGAUCCGCUGCCAGAUACAGAGACAUUUGA